GCGCACGACGUCGCCGCCGCCGCCGCCGCAGCUGCUUGGGUUCAGCUCUCCCCCGGCGCGGUGCUGAAUGGGCUUCCGGGAAGCCGCCCGCCGUGAGGAGUUGGCGGUUCUUCAGCGCCCCGAGCCUCAGUGACUCGCCCUCCGUCAGCCAGAAACCCUCCUCCUGGGCCCGCGCGGGAGGAGCGGGGCCUCUGAGGGGAGCGGCGAGCCCGCCGGCCCCGGUCUCUUUCCCUGGCGGCGGCGGCGGCGGCGGCUUCCUCCGUAGGACAAUAUGUUCAAGAGAAUGGCUGAAUUUGGGCCUGACUCCGGCGGGAGAGUGAAGGGGGUUACUAUCGUUAAACCAAUAGUUUAUGGUAAUGUUGCUCGAUAUUUUGGAAAGAAAAGAGAGGAGGAUGGGCACACCCAUCAGUGGACAGUAUAUGUGAAGCCAUAUAGAAAUGAGGAUAUGUCAGCGUAUGUGAAGAAAAUCCAAUUUAAAUUACAUGAAAGCUAUGGCAAUCCUUUAAGAGUUGUUACAAAGCCUCCAUAUGAAAUUACUGAAACAGGAUGGGGUGAAUUUGAAAUAAUCAUCAAAAUAUUUUUCAUUGAUCCUAAUGAAAGACCUGUAACCCUGUAUCAUUUAUUAAAGCUGUUUCAGUCAGACACCAAUGCAAUGCUGGGGAAAAAGACAGUGGUUUCAGAAUUCUACGAUGAAAUGAUAUUUCAAGACCCAACAGCGAUGAUGCAACAGUUACUAACCACAUCUCGUCAGCUUACCUUAGGAGCCUAUAAGCAUGAAACAGAAUCUGAUGUGGCCUCAGAAUCCACUGCACAGGAUUUGAUGCAACUGUUGCCUGUCAUUUGCAGUUGGCAUUCAAGAUGAAAAUGAAACCUGUUUACCAACCCUGUGUUGAUAUUUGUCACCAUUCCUUCAGUUAUUCCUUUGAUCUUUCAUUCGUUUGAAGGGAGAAGGGAGUUGUACCCCAAGUCUGGUAUUCAAGGAGAGGUCUGGGCUAAAGAUAUAAAUUUGAAAGUUAAUACAGAGAUGGAUUUGUAAAUUGAGAGACCACAUAGUAUCAUCAAAAGAGUGAGUAAAGAUAGAAGAGUUCAAGACAGCCCUGAGCACUCCAGCAUUUAAGGAUUAAGAAGAUGACCAGCAUGGGAAAUUAAGAAAGAAAAAUGAGUGUGAAGGGAGAAAAGCUAGGUGCACGUAAUCCUAGAGCCAAGUGAAGAAAGUACAUCAAGAAAUAGUCAUUAACUGUACCCAGUACCUCUGAUAGGUCAGGUGAGUUGAGCCAGGAAGUGGGUGACCGCAAGGUGGAGGCCCUUGGUGAUCUUAAUGGGGGCGGUUGAAGGAGAACAGUCAGGACAGAAGGCCAGUUGAAGUGGAUCAAGAGAGAGUGAGAUGAGAGAAACUGGGGACAGGCGCAGUGCACAGCUCUGUCUUGGAGCUUGGCUGUGAAGGGAAAGCAGUCCUUGAAGCAGUAGCAGGAGCAGGAUAUGAGGUCAAGAGGGCGGUGUUUUCCAGGGGAAAUAGACCAGUUUAUUUGUAGGCUGGGAGAAGGGAUCUAGUAAAUGGGAGUAGGGGACGAGAAUGUAGAGGAGAAAGAGGUUGUUGUCUGACCAUUAAUGGUUAUACAUAGUGUUUUGUUUGUAUUUUCAUGAAACCCGUGACUCGGAGUUAAAAGAUCUGAAUACUGGUUGUAAUUUUGCCGCUUGGUAGUUGUUUAAAAUUUAAAAUCACACUCAUUUAAAAUUUUUAUGCUUCAGUUUCUACAUCUGUAAAAGUAUUUACCUGGUCUACUGUGUUGUGAACGCAAAGCAGAUACGUAUGUGAUCACUUUGCAAGGUCUGAAGCAAUAUGCUACCGUAAUCUGUCACUGGUCAUUUUCUUUCCAUUUUGGAUCUUGUUUCUCCCAUAAAUGUGGCCAAUUCGUAGAGGAAGCUUCUCUUUUAAAAUUCAAGUGUCCACAUUUUUGUGUUUUCAACAAAACUAAUAUUAAUACAUUUAUGUGUAAUAUAAAUAAUCUGUGUUAUAAAAAGAUUUUUCUAUACAUUAAUUUUGAUUUGUUAAAGCUUUUGUAUGCAACUUUAUAAGCUUCGAGAGCUUUUAUCAGUAAGUUGCAUGUUUUGUAUUAUUUUCAGUUUAUUUUCUCAACAGUAUCAAAUCCAUAAGGAAGAAAAAGAUAAUUCCGUAAAUGGUAUUGGCACAAUAGAUGAGCUUUUGGCAAGAAAAUUUAAUUUAGAUCAUUGCUUCAUAGCAGUUACCAAAACAAAUUCUAGUUUAAUUAAUGACAGUUAACCUGCUGUUUAAAAAAUUAGAAAAAAAGAUUGUCUUUCCUGGCUAGGGAAGAAUUUCUAAAUUUGAGGUGUUAAAAUUUAUGU